AUGCUCAGUGCUGCUCAGAUGGCAAAUGUGCAUGAUUUCAUAAUGGAAACCGAGCAGCAGUAUGACACGAACUGUGGCGAAAAAGGUGUUCAGCUGUCAGGCGGACAAAAGCAACGUAUAGCAAUUGCACGAGCCCUGGUACGUCGUCCGGCGAUACUCAUUUUAGACGAAGCGACUUCGGCAUUGGACGCCGCAAGCGAACACGUGGUGCAGGAAGCCAUAGCACGAUGCGCAAAAGAUAAAACGGUAAUUGUGAUAGCCCAUCGACUGAGCACUGUGGAAAAAGCCGAUCGAAUAAUUGUCAUCGACCAGGGUCGCGUUGUGCAGCAAGGACGCCACGAUGAACUGCUGGCUCAAGAAGGUCUUUAUCGGGCACUAGUGCAAAGGCAGCUUCUUGGCCAUAACUCAACUGCGGCAAACGAGUCUACACUGUGA